AUGCUCCUGGGAGAGGAGCCCCUGGGCGAAGGCAGCUUCGGUCUUGUCUGGCGCUGCCAGCGCUGGAAGUGUGAUGGAGAUGCCGCAGCAGGCUGCGAAGAGCGCGCCGCCAAACGCAUCGCCAAGGCUCGGCUGGCUCCCCGGGACGUGCGGAACCUGUUCGGCGACGGGAAGCUUGAGGGAGAGAUCAAGAUGCACUUGGGCCUGACACACCCGCACGUCGUUAAGCUGUACGAAGUCUUCGAGGAUGCUGACGUGGUGUCACUGGUCAUGGAGCGCUGCAAUGGCGGCGACCUCUUUGAUCUCAUUGCCUCGCAUGCCGACAAAGGUGGAUUGACGGAGACUUGUUCCGCACGAGUGCAAGUGCAUCUGCUUUCUGCCCUGGCAUUCCUCCACGAUAUCCCAGUGGUUCACCGCGAUGUGAAGUGUGAGAACGUGCUGCUCUCGCAGAAAGGAAUCCCGCCGGAGCAAAAUACCUACAAGCUCUGCGACUUCGGCUUCGCUGCGCGACCAGAACCUCCGGAAUACCGGCUGAGCACGCGCAUGGGCUCCCCAGACACCGUCGCGCCAGAGGUCGUACGUGGCCAGGCGUACUGGACACCAGUCGACUGCUGGGCAGCAGGUGUGCUCUUGUACAUGUCCCUGAGCGCCACACCGCCCUUCUAUGCCACUUCCGAUGCAGAG